GGAAAGAAAUAAAACCCCAAGAUGCUAGUCGAUGGAGCGAAACGCUGAUUUGAGCUAAAACCCUACACUCACUCACGAUCCCUUCCAAAUCCCGAUCUGACAUGCCUUCCUUCCCUCCUCCUGGUUCUGUCACCAUCUGCGAAGUCAAUCGCGACCUAAUUACUGCCGACACGCUCUCGGACGAUCGAGCAAAGGACACCUACGGGAAACUUCUAGGAUUGGUGUUUAGCCCUGUGCCAUUUCAGCCAGAACAGCUCGUAUCACCAACUACUGAUUACGAUGCGGAACAAGAUGGAAGAACUGCUGGGGAUGGGGUCCAAAGGAAAGGUCUAUUGGCUGUCUUGCUAGGGCUAGUCAAUGAGUCCCUUGGGCGCCUUUUUCGCCCUAAUGAUGUGCAUCUGCUACCAGAGGUUGAUAUUCAAGGAGUAAGCUGGCACCAGAAUAAGCAUAUAAUUGCGUUUAUCUCUGGGCCAAAUCAAGUUAUGCUUCGUGACUAUGAAGACUCAGAAGGGAAGGAUCCAAUCAUUCUGACCAAUGAGUACCAGAGAGAUGUUAGAGUACUCGAGUGGAGGCCUAAUGGUGGCCGGAUGCUCUCUUUGGGUUGCAAGGGCGGAAUAUUCAUAUGGGCUGCUUCUUAUCCGGGGAAUGCAGCAUCUGUUAGAUCUGGGGCAGCUUCCUUUGUAGGAAGUUUAUCAAGAGGCACUGGAAUUCGGUAUAUCCUGGCAGAUUUUCUUUGCAGCGAGGACAAUGAACAUAUUAGUGCUCUUACAUGGAGCCCAGAUGGGAGAUACUUAGCUUCUGCUUCAUAUGAGAGCUCCUCUUUCACUGUGUGGGAUGUUUCUCAAGGUGUGGGGACACCCAUUCGGCGGGGAUUAGGGGGCAUAUCAAUGCUGAAGUGGUCACCAACUGGAGAUUACUUCUUUGCCUCAAAAUUUGAUGGAACAUUUUAUCUUUGGGAGACAAACACUUGGGCAUCUGAACAAUGGUCGUCAACCAGUGGGUUUGUAAAGGGUGCAAUGUGGGAUCCUGAUGGACGUAUGAUACUGCUUGCUUUUUCUGAAUCUUCAACCUUGGGAUCUGUUCACUUUGCAUCAAAACCUCCCUCGUUAGAUGCACAUCUGUUGCCUGUCGAUUUGCCAGAGGCGAUGUCACUAACUGGCAGUCUUGGCAUUGAAAAGGUAGCAUGGGAUCAUUCAGGUGAGCGAUUGGCUGUUUCCUUUAAAGAUGGAGAUGAGGUUUAUAAAGGCCUGAUUGCUAUAUAUGACACAAGAAGGACUCCUCUGAUAUCUACAUCACUAAUUGGAUUUAUCAGAGGGCCUGGGAACAAUCCAAAGCCAAUUGCAUUUUCGUUCCAUGGAAAAUUUAAACAAGGGCCAUUGCUUUCUGUGUGUUGGAGCAGUGGAUUUUGUUGCUCAUACCCCUUGUUAUUUCGUUCCCAUACGCUUCCAUAGGAAUCCGGUUUGAUGUUUGAUAUUCAGUUGGUUGGUGUUUCGGGUUAACCUUUGAGGAAAAGCAUUAUAUGCAUGUAAGUAUUUAACUUGAUGGUUUCUUUGACAAAUGAUAUUAUUGUAUGUGACAUUUUGAACUGUUCACGUGAUUUAAUCAUACAUAAUAUUUAAUGGCACGUUUGCAUGAGGCUAUUCUACGACGUGAACACAAAAUCUUGGCUUUGUAGUUGAUAAUCCUAGAUGGGAUGUGUCCAAUAAUAGAUGUAGAGAAAAUGUUUUUCAACUGUAAUGGGAAAAUGAUUUUAAACCCGGUAAAUCCAUUUUAUUUUCAGUGGCCAAGUUUUUCUCCCAAAUGUAGUUGUCAAUCACUGAAACAGAACAGAUCUUCAACUAUAUAAAAUCUCUUUUUAUUGUAUGCCAAAAAAAAAAUCUUUUUAUUAGGUAUAGGUAUACAAGAUGAACAAACUGAUGUAAUCAAUUACCAGGAAAAGGGGUAAUUUGAUCUACAUUGAGUAGAUUCUUUAACUAGAUGGUCCCAACAAAGGAAAUCUACGCUGUGUACGCUUUAACCUGUUUAUGUAGGAUAACUCUAAUGAAUAUGCAGGAUACCUCUUCUAAUGAAUAUCCACUUGAACUAACUUUAAUGUACUCGCAAUUUGAUUUAUAAAAAAUUUAGUUUAUUGUAAAUAUUAAGUUUUAGAAUAAGUAAUGAAUGUAUUUGAGUUAUAGUAAUACGAAUAAAAUUAGCAAGAUCUUUUUUUUUUUUGAUAAAAAAAUUGUUUUCCGGGAAAAUAAAAAACGAGUAACGAGUAACGACUAGAGAGAGACACGGGUGACGGAACCUUAUCCUUAAGCCUUCUCUCAGCCUCUCCUGCCAUCUACCGUCCAUUGCGGAACUCUGAGCCAUCAUUUUAAACUUAAAAAAAAAUUAAAAAAAAAAAUGGCUCCGCUCUGUUUCAUUUCUUUCACCCUUGCCUCUUCCCUUCGCUUUUCUUGUUCGACAACAGCCACGGCUAUCCCCCACUGCCACUGGUAAGAACCUUUGUAGUCUUGCACUCUCUACAAUCUCUUCAAAUCGUUGAGGCAUCUUAUCCUAAACUUAUCCUUCCAUUUCCUGAUUCUGAUUUCAUUUAUUUAUCGAUGCGUUUCUGUUGAUAUAUCUUGUUUAUUAAUUAUAUAUAGACCUAUUUUCUUGGGAAAACUUGUAUCGAUAUCAGUUUCCAGAUUGCACGUUAGACCCAUUGAUGUGCCUUCCAAGUAUUUUAGUGGAGUUGGAAUUUCACCACCAUUCCCUUUCAAGAGAACAGCUGCAUCAGUUGUGAGAGCGGCUUCUGUUGGUGCUGAUGGAGCAACUUAAGCAAAUGACGGUGAAUUGCCUCCACAAGGUGCCGGAGAGGUUGUGCCAGUUGACAAGCUUCCUUUGGAAUCGAAGCUGCAAGAGAGGAAGUAGCAGAGAUUGAGUAUGAAAAUGGCCAAGAUUAGGCUUCGGAGGAAAAGACUUUGUCAGGAAGCGCAAAUUGAGGAAAAAAGGAAGAUGGCUACCUUCUAAAAUGAAGAAGUUGAAGAAUAUUUGAUCGUGAGCACAAGUUAUCUUCCAAGGUUUAAUCCUUUUGAUUUGCUCUUAGCCAAUCCACAAUGUAUUUCUAUGUCAUGAAGUUUCAAUGGAAUGCAUGAACCUAUACACGGCGUUUGGUUGGUUGAGCUUGGAAUUCUUGUUGCCUUCAUCUUCAUGGAUUAAUUGAUUCGUGUUAUUUGAUUUUCA